CACCUUUUCCCCACGCGGCGCAGACUGCAGGCUUAUCGCGCGUCCAGCGGCACCCCUGCCAAACCUCAAUUUAAAUCCGCCAGCCGCCUUUCCGUGACUUCCACCCGCCGGCGGAUCCACUGCGAGGACUGGCCUGUUUUGGCCGUAGCAUGGUUGGGAGAGUGUCCCCAGGGUGAUGUUUGAGCACUCCCCUGCGCCCGCAGACGACCCAUUGCCCGUCUCGUCCACACGUGAUUGUCAUCGCGUAGUACACUGCGUCCGCUCUUAUCGCCGGAGAGAGAGGCGCGUCAGGAGGAUCAGGAGGCCAGCAGCCUUAGCCUUGCCGUCAUCAGCAGGACCACGAUGUUUGAUGACAACAGGAAGAUCGGUAUCGGGCUCACGUUGCUGGGCCUGGCCAUGACGGGGCUGGGCGUCCUGCUAUUCUUCGAUAGGGCACUGCUCGCACUCGGAAACGUACACCACUAUACCGACACACACAGCGACACAGAUCCGUGAAUACCGUCGGGACCUCUCUCUGUGUGUGUGUCUGUCUGCUUACGUGUCUGUCUGUCUGUGCAGCUGUCGUUCUUGUGUGGGUUGUGUUUCCUGCUUGGGUUCGCCAAGACGGGCAAAUUCUUCUUCAGGAAGGAAAAAUUAAAAGGUGCGAGUUAGUCAGGGGAUGGAUGGAUGAACACGCACAUACCGUCUUAUGUGUGCCCUCUGGUCUCCACGUGUGUGCAGGGACAUCAUUGUUUUUCGGUGGAUUCUGUUUGAUCAUUUACGGAUGGUGUAUACUCGGUGGGCUGGCUGGCCGCACGCCCAACUCACACACGCCAUGCUGCUGAGCGCAUCUGUCGAUCCUCUGUCUGCUGUCAUGUGUGUGCAUCUGUCUGCCACCCAUCCCAUCCAUCCGUCUGUGUUUAGGUUUGUUGGUAGAGAUGGUAGGGAUGUGGUUUCUGUUCAGCGCCUUCCUCCCCAAUGUGGUCGCGUCGCUCAAACUCACAUCCAUCGGAUGGAUAUUUAACCUACCGGGAAUCAGCCAUGUACACACAACACAACACAGACGGGAUGGAUGGGAUGGAUGGGAUGGAUGGAUUGGCACAAAGCCACACAUACAGGCCAUUUCUCUCUCUCGGUCUGUGUGUGGAUGUGUGUGGUGUUCAUUCAGUUUGCCAAUUGGGUGUAUGACCAGAGGAGGUUACCCCUGUAGCCCUAUGAUGCCUCCCCUGUACGACGGCCAUGGCCCCAACCCACCCGUCCUCUCGAUAGAUGACACAAAUAUGCGCCCACAC